UUCCUAUCCAAACAAUCCCUUUAAUUUUGGAAAGAAACCAAAGAAACCCACGGGUGCUUUCGGUAAAAUUUCAUUACGCUCGUCGACCUCAACCUUCCCUUAAGCUGUAAGGGAAGUUCAUCCACGCGCCGCCGCCGCCGCCGCCGCGUUCCAAUAAUAUAUAUAUGAUUCUAUCUUCCAGAAAGUCUUCCAAUCCUAUCGUCAUCCACCGCCUUCCCCAUUUCUGUCGGUUACCGCCGAAUUACGAAUUGCCUGCCGCCAUUGUUUCCAAUGGCAUCUUACAAGCCAUCCGCUCCGCCCGCACCCGAAGCCGAACCCGAUCAGCCACGGGUAGGGUACCCUUACCACCCUCCCCCUCCGACCACCGCCCCCCACUCCUCCUCGCCCUACGCUCCGAUUUCCGGCACCUUCGGCACGUAUCCACCGCCUCACGGCGGUUACGGGAAUUACUAUCAACAGGAUGUGGUUCACAGCUCGUUUCCGCCGGGGACCCACCCGGAUGUGAUUCGGAGCUUCCAGAUGGUGGACAGGAACCGGAACGGUUAUGUCGAGGAAACCGAGCUCCGAGAAGCUCUGACUUGGAAUUACAGGGAGUUCAGCCUCCGUACUCUGCGCCUGCUCGUCUUCCUCUUCAGGAAUCCCAACCAGUCCUCUGCAACUAUCGGUCCCAAAGAGUUUGCAGAAAUAUGGAGUUGCCUCGGCCAUUGGCGGGCCAUUUUUGAAAGAUUUGAUAGAGACAGAAGUGGGAAAAUCGAUGCUAGGGAAUUGAGAGAUGCUCUAUACAGUCUUGGAUAUGCAUUGCCACCUUCCGUUUUGCAAGUUCUGAUGCUGAGAUAUGAUGAUGGCACCGGACGCCGGGUAGAACUAAAUUUCGACAGUUUUGUUGAGUGCGGAUUGAUUGUAAAGGGCUUGACAGAAAAAUUCAAGGAGAAGGAUAAAAGAUACACUGGAUCUGCUACACUGUCAUACGACACGUUCAUGUCCAUGUCAAGGCUUGUUUCCGCAUCUACUCUCCGCACACGAUCAAAUUCUCAUGAUCGUAAGAGCGAACAAGAUGGCGGAUUUGAUUACCACGUAGUUGUCUUGUUCAUCAUAUUCCACAACCAAUUUGUCGAGAAAAUUGUGGGCCGGGUUGCAAACCACCCUUGUCGAGAACAGUUGCCCGCCCAGCCAUGCGUCGCCAGGGGGCUCACUAAUUGCUCGACUAUCGUGACUUGAUCAAGAAAGAUUGAU